UUAUGCUAAAACAUCUUUAGUAAACCAAAAAUUAUUUCUUGAUGCAGGUAAAAUGCAGUAAAUGAACUUUCAAAGAAAGUUUUGUGUUCAUUCCAAGUUUAGGUAUAUAUAUGUAUUUACACUGGUUUAAUGUGUUCCCCAACAGCUUUAACGUUGAUGCAGUAGAAGAUCGUAAGCUUUCGAAAGCUUUCCAGUGUCAACAAACACAUGCUCCGAGCAAACAGAGAUGACGCCUCCAGGCGAGAACAAAACAAUCAGUUAGACUUAAACACCGAAAGCAAAGUAUAGAAACUUUAGUGGUUCUAUCGGUUACUUGAGUAACCCGCCGCUCCGCCCAUCACUGAUUAGAUAAGACUCCGGCAAACGGGAGAGCCGGGGAACUCCGGACUCUCCCACGGCCCCAAAAUAAAUUCGUUUUGCGUUCGUUCAGUGCAAAGGCAACAGCUAGUUCGAUUGGUAAUUGCUGGCUAAAACAAACUGGGACCAUGUUGACCGAAUUCGCUGGCAAUCUUUCGCAUCCGCUGGAGUUUGGUCAUGUUUUGGAGGUCGUGGCCAAGACGAUUGAUGGAGCAGCUAGGUUCCACAUCAACCUCUGCACGGCCAAGAGCACGGUGGAUCCAAACGCGGACAUUGGGCUGCGCUUCUCGUGCUAUUUCCGCAAUGAUGUGAUCGUAAGGAAUUCCCGGGUGAACGGUGCCUGGGGAGAAGAGGAGACCCACGUACUGGACCCCAACACGCUGCCCAAUCCCAUCGUCAGUGGCGAGUUCUUUUUGGUUUAUAUCCUGUGCCUCGAGGACAGCUUUGCAAUUUCGAUAAACAGUCGGGAAUUCUGCCGAUUCCGUUAUCGCAUGCCAUUGGGAGCUCUCCGUGCGCUGGAGAUCCGGGACCAGAUCCAGGUGAUCAAGCAGGUUGAUCACCGUACCGUGUUUCCCAAUCCGUGGCCCGCCAUCCACGCAUCGGAUUACUUCAAGGCGUUUAGCAAUGACCAGCCCAUUUUAUUUAGCGCUGGCCAUGUGAUCGUCCUAACGGCUCGCUGCUUCGAAAACAAGAAGGGCCAGUUCAUCAUCAAGUUUAUGGACUCGGACACCAAACGCGAGGAGCUCCACUUUAGCGUACGCUUCGAUGACAAGGCGGUGGUGCGCAACUCAAUGAACAAAAGCUUUGAAUUCGGAAACGAGGAGCGUCAUGGCGGUUUUCCGUUUGUCUUCAACCAGCAGUUCAAACUGGCGAUAGCUUUUACGGAGCGGGAGGUCCUUACCGCCGUGGAUGGUUACAACUUCUUCAGCUACGCAUGGCGCACACCAAAUGCCAUGAUGAAUCUAGUGGGCUUCAAGAUAACCAGCAUAAAUGGAUUGGUAGUGCAGAUAACCGGUGUGGAUCACCUUCAGACCGGGGAUCCCACCUGCGCUGGCUUCGAAAAGUAUUCCCGCCAUGACUACGAAUGUGUCUAGUAUUCAUAAAACCAAACUAACCAAGUCUGAAAAUACAAGUGCUAUCAUAUUAAACAA